AUGAGGCACGUUGGCGAAUGUGACAUGCCAGGGAGAUUUAGAGCAUGUUUAGAGGCUCACACGGCCGAGCUGGAAACGGAACGGGCCAUAUACGAGCUGUCAGAAGUCACAAAGAACUGUGCUAUAACCACAGUACUGUCAAAUCUACACGGGCGCUCAGCUAGCAGAGAAAAUGUAUCCUACAUCCACCAGAAGUCCCGCUUCACCGACGACGACGUCCCGCCGCCGCCGUCGCCGCCACACGUUGCCGCCGUGCACCGCCGCCAGGGGUCGCUCGAGAAGGGUCGGCGAGGCUCCAAGGAGAGGGAGCCGGCGCUCGGGGGCGGCGGCAAGGAGACCUUCAUCACGGGCUCGUUCGAGGUGCCAGUCCAGAAGAAUCAAUGGAGCUCUGAGAGGGAAUUGGGAGGCAAGGAAACAUUCAUAACGGUGAGUGCUUUCGUGUUAUGUGCAAAAGAGGAUUAA